CUGGGGACCAGCGCAUUAAGUACUAUUGCAAAGAAGGUAAUGUAACGCCUCUACUUUCUUGUUAGUUUUCGCAGAUUCAGCAUGUCAUCUUGACACACCUUGACAAACAGGUGCACACUGGAGAGUAUGCUGACUGGUCACAUUACAGCCUGGUAUGGAAACGCCAAUGCCUGAAGACUAGAAUGCAAAAACAAGGAUGAAAUACUGAGACUUUAUAAGGCACUGAUGCUGCCUGGCCGGCUGCGUUCCGCCAGAAUUUUGUGUGUUAUUGCAUCAUCUUGUAGCACAACACAACGCGGAAGUCUUCAUUCAUAGGAACACACAGUAAUAUGGAGAUCUCUCGGCGUUUGCUUGUGAUUUUACAACUAAUUUUCGUCUGGCUAUACACUCCGGUGUUUGUUGAAGAUGUCAUCACAGUGAAAAAUGUAACUUAUUCAUCAAAUUGCUGGUUGGAUUUCAAACGUUACAAUAUUUCCUGUAGCCAUAUAGAUAUUUCCAUUAAUGAGACAGUAGUUGCUGAUGCCGACCACUUUAUUCAGCCCAUAACCAAACUCAAUAGGUCUGAGGGAUUCAAGGUGGCUGGCUGCCAAACCACAUCGGUGAGAUGUUACAAGGAUGGCGUAGAGACGCAUUAUAAAGCUCAAGGGACGGAGGAUGCCAAAAGUAAUAAAGUGAAGGAAGAAGGUGGAGACGGCACUGGAGAUUGGAAAAUCUGGGUAGCUGUGGCCGUCCCGGUAUUUCUAUUCCUGGUAUGUUCGAUCCUGGGACUUAUUUACUGCAGGAAAGCACAUUGCCAGAAUAAACACCAUUUGCCCUUCUACUGUGUAUCCCGAAUGAAGGACCCCAUCGAAGACCCUGCUGCAACAAGGAGCCUUUGUGAAUCCCAGGACACCCUGCAGUUGGAGCAGCCGACGGGCAGGACACCUAAUCCCAGAUUCUUUCAAGGUUGGAAGAUUACUGCAGUCUUUUCAAGAAACUUCCAUUUCACUAAUUCUCAAAAAGAAUAAGAAUUCUACUGAAUGUUCUUCGUAUAGACCUAUUUCUUUACUCAAUUUUGAUACUAAAAUUUUACCUGAAGUGUUGGCUUGCAGACUUGAAAAUAUUAUAUU